GAAUACACUGGGUUGACAGUGGCCUGGUUUGCACAUGCCGACAUUAUCCAAAGAAACACAACACGAGGAGGGCCCGCUUAGGUGAAUUUCUGUGUAGCAAUGUUGGGCACCGACUUCAAGCGUGUCAAGACCAUGUGGCAGACGCGUAUCGGUAGCUCAAAAAGCAACGACAGCGCCUGCAGCCACGAAUCACCAGACCAAGAAACGACUAUACCCGUGGGAGAAUAUCGCGAGUCUGUUGUCGACAAGAUUGAAUCUCAGACGCCCCACACGCCAGCACUCGAUGCAGACUUCCACCGAUACACAAUGGAAAAUGAGCUGGAGGUUAUGAAGCCAGCGCUUGACGACGCCACUCCGGUAUCUCCAGCAUCCUCUUCGACCACUUUUGCAUCCGAUUCAUCUCCGUCGUCAUCACUCGAGACGCUAUCCGAAAAGUCCUCGUCGAAUCCAGUGAGCUCCAUGUUCAGGACUUUUUCGGAUGUCUGUGUAUUCCCAAGCAUGACAAAUAAACCCCCUGUACCUUCGACGUCAGGAUCAACACUAUUCUCGUUUGCACCACCGAUUCCAACUCCGUGGAGAACUUCGCGAUCGGAUAGCACCUCGAUCUCUACGUCAAAUUCUUCCUUCUCGUUCGCGUCAGUCAGUUUAACAUCUUCUCUACCACCUCGCGAGGCGGCUGAGAACGCCAUCAACAAUGUACACAACAUGAGCACUCGGUGUCGAACCAGUUCCAUUACAUGCGGAAGCCCCUACGGUGAACUAGUUGUCGUUGACAUCCUGGAAGCUCGUGGUCUCGCUAUCGACCGUGAUGAAAGCGGAGUUAAUCUGCCGUUCACCGUCACAAUGCAGCUCGGUCGUUUGAGUCGUAAGACGAAUCCAGCCGACCGCAGCAACUGGGCAGUUAACGAGCGGUUCGUCUUCUGGAUGCCCUCGUCUCCCACCAUUGAUCAACGCACGGUUGACAUCUUCGUGCACGGUGGUGACGAGCGAGACCUCGGUGAAGUGCAUCUCAGUCUCGCAAUGCCUGUCAACGAAGCGUUUGGAGAUUGGUAUCCUCUAGUGUGUCGUGCCGAUGGACUCAAGCACGGAUCGCUGCGUGUGGCAUUGCGUCGUCUGGUUCUCACGUCGUCGCCAAUGGUCGAAGCUGCGAAGAUUCUGGGUGAACGGAAUAGCUCACUUAGCUUCUGUGACAGCAGUGAGUACGGUCAUCUUCUACCGGAACUGUGGAGCUGCUUCCCUGGUAACGAACCGGGAAUCCUCCCGUCCAGUCCACCGAAGGAAGAGGACAUCGGCAGCAAACUUGGCCGAUUGAUAGGCCUCCACGACGCCCAGCGAGACGUCUUCUGAUCAUGUAGCAAGCUUUGAAUGGGUCGAUAGCAACCUCAGUUUAAUAUUUUAGUAACGUGAAGAUGAUGAAUAUGGUGAUAAUUGCCCAGUGUUGCAUUUUUGCCACUGUAAGGUUAUUGCUCACGUUUGACAUGCCAA